AUGAAGCGCACAACAGCGGAAAGGCCUUCAAUUGAUGGCAAUGGUCUGCCGGAGUCCAAGAAGCGCGCCCUCUCCAGCGAGGAGGCAGGUGCGCGCUUUAGCGACGGCCUCUUCGACCCCGCGAAACAGAAGAAGUACACCGACGCAUAUACCUCGUCAUCCCCAUAUCUGCACGGCGUCAUUUGCCCCUUGAUCGAGCCGUCCCUGCUGCGAUCCGUGCGCGACGAGAUUCAAGAGCAUCUGUCUUUCACCGAGAAGGAAACCGACAUCUACAAGAUCUUCCAGUCAGGGGAUUUGGCGAACUUGGAUGGCCUAGAUGACACAUCACUGUCCAAGCUGCCAUCUCUGCUGAAGCUGCGCGACGCCAUGUACUCGGCCCGCUUCCGCGAGUACUUGUCCUCCGUCACCGGCUCUGGAAAGCUGAGCGGCCAGAAGACCGACAUGGCUAUCAACGUCUACACCGAGGGAUGUCACCUCCUGUGCCACGACGAUGUUAUUGGUAGCCGCCGAGUUAGCUAUAUCCUCUAUCUGACCGACCCUGAUACCCCGUGGCAGGAGGAGUGGGGUGGUGCUCUACGCCUGUAUCCAACCAAGACCGAGAAGGAUGCCCAGGGCGAGGAUGUCAAGAUCCCCAGUCCGGACUACAGCCUUUCCAUUCCACCUGCCUUCAAUCAGCUGAGUUUCUUCACUGUCCAGCCUGGCGAGAGUUUCCACGAUGUUGAGGAGGUGUACCACUACCGCGAAGGCGAGGACAAGACCGUGAAGCGCGUGCGCAUGGCUAUCAGUGGAUGGUUCCACAUUCCUCAGGAAGGCGAGGAUGGAUUCGAGGAGGGUUUGGAGGAGAAGCUGGCCGAGCGCAGCAGUCUUGCCCAGCUCCAGGGUCGUGGUGACAUAUACGACCUCCCUCAACCAAAGCCCGUACCUUGGGAAGCGCCUGAGGUAUCUGGGAAGGGUAAGGGCAAGCUAGAGGAGCAGACUGAAGGCAACGAAUUCACCGAGACUGAUCUCGAGUUCCUGGUGCAGUACUUGGCACCGUCAUAUCUGACCCCCGACAUUGCCGAGGAAAUGUCCGAAGCUUUCUCCAACGAGUCCUCGCUUAGUCUUGAGCACUUUCUCAACGAUAAAUUUGCUUCGCGUGUGAGUGCAUAUAUCGACGAUCAGCAGCGACAGACUCUCCCCGCCUCCUCGGAUGAAAUUCAGGCCAAGACCGAGUGGACUGUGGCUCGGCCGCCCCACAAGCAUCGGUAUCUGUAUCAGCAGACUGUAGAAGGUGACGCUGAGAACCCGAUCAAGGAGAUACUGAACGUUCUCUUCCCCUCGCAGCCCUUCCGCAAGUGGCUGGCAUUGAUCACUGGUGUGGACCAUCUCAAGAGCCACAACUUCCUCGCCCGUCGCUUCCGCCGUGGUGCGGACUACACUCUGGCGAGUAGUUACGAUGGCGAAGAGCCGCGAUUGGAAUUCACCCUUGGUCUCACCCCCUCGACAGGAUGGGAGAAGGAAGCAGACGACGAAGAGGAGGACGAGGAAGAGGGUGAGAAUGGGCCCACGGCCAAGUCUUCCAAGGCCAAGAAGGACACCCCCGGCGAGGCUGCGGAGCACCCCUCGGUUGGUGGUUAUGAGAUCUACAUGGCAGGUGACGAGGAGGAAGAUGAUGAGGAAGAAGACAAGGAGAACGCAGACCAAGUGCUCCGGCCCAAGAAGGCCAAGGCUGAUCCUGCCAUCUACCGCUCGGCUGGUGCAGACGAGGAUGAUGGCAUCCUUUUCAGUUCCCAGGCUGGCUGGAACCGCCUCAGCAUUGUGCUGCGUGAUAGCGGUACGCUCAAGUUUGUCAAGUACGUCAGUGCCAAUGCCAAGGGAGACCGGUGGGAUAUCACCGGCGACAUUGGCGUCGAGUUUGACGACGAUGAGGACGAUGAGGACGAUGAGGAUGAAGAGGAUGAAGAGGAUGAAGAGGAUGAAGAGGAUGAAGAGGAUGAUGAGGAUGAUGAGGAUGAUGAAAUGGGCGAUGGCGAUGAAGAAGAAGACGAGGCUUAG